AUGGCCCAAGAGGAGGAGGCCGUGAAAGUCCUUGAAAGGACAGAUAGUCUUGUCUCAAGCGUAGGGUUUCACACAUUGAACAAGCAAAUCAGCAGGGCUUCGAGCAAUUCCUCAGACUCCUCAAGGUCCACAUUUGGCAGACUAUUCACUACCAAAGAUCAGAAUCAGUUAUUGAUUCAUGACAAUGGAAAUGGCGGAAAUGAAGAUAAGAGUGUGAAGGGGUUAUCUUCAAAGAGCCGAUUUUUUUCGCCUCGUGGAUUCUUGAAAUCGAGACAUAGACGAAACUCUGCCACUAGCUCCAUCAGUUCGUCGCAAUCGCUGGCAAUUACAAACCUAACAAUUGAUCUGAAGCAGAGCAGGAAAUUGGAGAGAAAUGAUAGCAAUCUAUUGCUGCCACAGCUUUCAGCACCUUUUCAUCCCAGGUUUUCUGGGUUGGACAAUGAGACUAUGCCCGAAAUGAAAAGCGCCCAUCAUAAAAGCGGGAAACAAACGGCGCUUAGUCUUUCAUCUCAAAAGUCAAACUCUGUUGUUGUGGAUGCACGUUUAGCGUCCAUUUUUUACUGCGCUCAAGCCGAAGUUCCGGAUGAAGUCUUGAGCCCGAUACUGGAUACUGGCAGGUUUCUGGAAUUCCACAGAAAGUAUCUGGAAUCCACGGAUCAUUACAUGCAAAGUAAGCUCCAGAGAUCCAUUUCGGAUGAAGAGGGCAAUAGGGUGAAUUCAAAAGAGCUCUCGCACAAAGUAGACCUAGAUCAGGUUUCACGGGAGUACGAGCUCAUCUUCAAUAGACUAUUUGAAAUUAUCAGGCCGGUUCUCCUACCUUCGAAACAGGUUUCGUUAUCAAAUGGACUGAAGCAUCCCGCUUUGAAUCAAAGUAUGGACCGUGUAAUGCGAUUCGUGCACGAUGAAAUCAGUAAGUCAGGAGUAUUUCAAUACUCCACGACAAAAGAACCGGACAUACGUAAGACAAUUAACAAUAAUGAGACCCGGACUGUCUCGCUCUUUUUCCCGCGCUCCAACUCAGAAUCCACCCGGAAAGAUGCAAGGGUUGAGGUACUACUCAAAAGCAUCCUUGUCUUUUAUCAAAAAUCGGUCGAAGUGCUUGCAAACGAAUUCAUACCUUCUGCCGAUCUCUCCGCCGGACUGUCCAUCAAAGGACAAGCCAUUUUUACGUCUCUGCCGGGGAACUUCGACAAACAGAUCACUAAAUAUCUCCAACAAUGGACGAAAAUCGACAGCGCCUGGCGGUAUUUCAACGAGAAAGUAAGAUAUUCCUUGUUGAACGCGUUGUUCUACGUGCAAAAGAGCCUCUACGAUGUCCAGAAGCGCAGUUCCAAAAGCUACCACACCCUCGACUUUAACCUCGACAAACAGCUAAAUACGAUCUUCAGAAACGUAUUUAUAGUUUCACAAUUGAAGCAAAGAUACAUAUUUAUCGAGAAGCAAAAAAAGGGUCAAUUUCCAGACAUAGUCGAGGCAGAGGCAAGAUACCUCCAGAAAGAUUCGUUCCUCAUGGGCGACAAACUCACAAAAUUGUUCGGGAUUAUCACCAAUCGAACUCGAAUAGAUAUUAAUAUUCUGGACGAAUUACUUCCGAACGAUUCUCUAUUUUGUGACUAUCAAACUUGGCUUAAUCAAUUAACGCGACUGAGACCUACAUACUGA